GCCAUUUUUCGAGUUUGCACCCUUUCCUAUAUCUCAGAUACACCGAACGGUAUUCUUGGGCCUACGCAAUCAGCAAACCUGUUCACCUGCAUGGCCGUCAAUCAUCAUUGAACGGCACUAUCGUUGGCUUGUCAUGCCCCGAGACCUUCCACGAGAGACUGGAGACAUGUCGUGUCUCUUAUGGACUGAAAGACCAACUUGCUGAAGACGACGCCCGUAGUCGGCGGCAUGUCAGAGUCCUCAAUCGCUUCCUCCUCCGAUUAUCCAGGAGCUGGCGCUUCGCUAGAGCCUGGGCAGAAUGAAGCCAUCCACAUUGCCGCAAUCUGUUGCGCCAGCAUCAGCCUGUUGGCGGCCUUGGUGACCUUGAGAUGGUUUCUCCUUAUGAAAAGGACUUUCCGCCACAUCCUGGUCAUGAAUCUGAUUAUAAGCGACUCAUUCAAGGCCAUUAUAUACUGGCUGUUUCCGAUAGUCCUCUUCGCCAGAGGUCGUCCGGUCGAGAGCUCCUCAAAAUUCUGUCAGGCAACGGGGUUCCUCCUCACGUUUGGUAUCGAAGCCGCCGACAUGGCCAUCCUGAUCAUCGCCUUACAUGCUGUUCUCUACAUAGUCCGACCCCCGAAUAAUCCUUUGGCACAGGGAGGCCUAUAUCCAUAUCGUUGGUUGGUAUUGCCGGCCUGGCUACUAUUCCCCCUUGUCGCGGCCUGUCUGGCUUUCAUCCGGAACAGUGCUCCCUACACCACCUCUGGAGUCUUCUGCACCCUGCCAAAACGUCCCAUCUGGUACCGACUGGCUCUUUCUUGGGUUCCGAGAUACUUCAUCCUUGCCUUCAUCAUAAUCACAUAUCUCUGGAUAUACAUCUACGUCAACGUCAAAUUUCGCGGCUUCGACAAACUCGGCCAGGCAGAAUCUUCCAGCAACUCUCCGGCUAAUUCAAGGCGGAAGUCGAUACUCACUCCCGACUGCGAGGACAUCGAACAAAAUGGGCCGCACGGUCCUGCACUGGAGACACCAUCAUGGGUCUCCCAACAGCAGCCGUCAAUUAUCGAACAGCCAACAGCUGCACCUCAGCAACUUGAGCCAUGGGACUACGUGAACUUCAUCACCUCUAAACCAUUGCAGGAUAGGGGUCCUGAAACAAAUUCGCCAGAUGCUGUGAUUCCUAUGCGCGCUCGAGGGAGUGGGUGGUCUGGAGACACCCAAAUUCCUUCGGGCCGUGUCUCAGUCAAACCUUCCAUAACCGAGGCGAAUGCUCUGGACCAAGGUAUGAAGCCAGAGAAUGAGGCCCGACCGAAUCCACUCCUGCCCGGAAAGGAAAACUUUGCAAGCGAACAGUCAGAUCCUAUGAAAAAGACGAGGAUGGCCAUUCGCAAACAGCUGCGAUAUCUCUUCAUUUAUCCACUGGUGUAUAUCAUCGUCUGGACCUUUCCCUUUGUUUAUCAGGUCCAACUUUACAACAACUACGGUGUGCAGCACCCGACAUUUUGGAUUAUACUCAUGCAAUCAAUCAUGUUAGCCUCUCAAGCUGGAGUGGACAGCGUCCUCUUUUCGUGGACGGAGAAGCCAUGGAGAAGAAUCGAUUCGGACUCCAGAUUCGCCAUUCCUGCACACUUACGUCGCGGCCGAGCCGUUCUGCAACGACAGUCUCAGGUCACCAACCCUUCGACCACUGUCCAAGCAGCUGCUCCUGACCAGACAUCGCCCAAGCGCCACGCUCAUUGGUGGGAGGUAGAAGGCAGGCGGCGAAAAGACAGUGUAUGGCUGGGAUCGAGCACGCUCACUGAGACAAUGUCACAUGUAACUUCGCGAACGCGAUCUAGAAGUCCAGAGAAAGCUAGACGGCUUCCUCCGCGUUCGAGGCAGUUGAGCGGUGAUGUUCCUCCUGCCAUUCCUGAGUUGGACCAGACAUCGCCCCGAAGCACUCAACCAAGUCGCCCCCGAAAUACAACUCUAACUCCGGUGUCGUCGAACAUCAGUAGCAGAGAACCUGGAAUGGGCUCGUCGGAAGGCGGUCGCGAUACCACCGCUCAAGGGAGCUUGCACAAGACGGGCAGCAAUGAUCCCUACUGUUGGUGAGAAAAGCACUUGGUUUGUCAGGCGACACCAUUGUGUAAAUUAUGAGGAUAACAUUAGCAUUGAGCAUUAAUAUAGUCCGAGCAUUGGUCUCGGCGUGGCAUUUAGUAUCCAGCAUUAGCGAUCGGGCAUGGCGUAUAUAUACCUACCUAGGUAGCAUGAGCGAUGAAUACCCC